AUGAAUGUAUUUGCAGCAUACUUGCAUGAUGUUGCUGAUGUUCUCCUGUAUCUUUUGACUCCCACGGAGGAUUUUCGUUCUCGACCUUUUCGUUUUCUUGUCCGAGAAGUAUUUGUUAAACGUAUUCUUUUGCCUGUUCUUGAUAUGCUCAGCGAUCCUGAUUUCAUCAAUCACAGCAUUGUUUGGUUGAAUUUGGCUCCUUCAAGUGUGGCCCUGCUCAACGAUUGUCAUACAAAUUACUUUAUUAUUCUAAAACUUUGCUUUUAUUCAGUUCUGCCAGCUCGGCUAAUCGAAGACCAUUUUGUCACUUCGGAGGAACAGAAUAAUUUAGCAGUAAAAAAAGCAAAGUUGAGUGAGACAAACUUGAAACCAGAGGAUUUUAUAACGAUACUUGAAACCACUGACAGUAUGAAGAUUUUGGAUGCAGUGUUAGAUUCGCUGUGCGAGGAAUCGGCACAUCUGCGAACAAAAGAUUCUGGCGGUGAGCAGGAUACACUCGAACGUGACUGGAAUGACGGCGCUCUGCCAAUAAAGGGCAGCGCUGCGGAUGGCUCAUUCCUUGGCUAUGCAGUAUUGAAGCCUGUAUUUUUAGGUUUCUUAGUGAAGCAGCAACUGGCGAGCAUUGACUAUGCGAAAAAUGUGAUUAAACGACGCAUGGAGGUGUUGGCAAGUGCGGCUGUUGAGAACGAUUUCCAGAAGGUAGCGCAGAGGAAUCUUCCGUCAGACGAUUGCUCGACAGUGCAGUUGCCGAUUCACGUUGUGCUGACCAACAAUACGGCUGUAACUUUUUUUGCCGAUUACCUCGCCUCUGUGGGCGGACAGAAUUUAAUUGAUUGCUAUCUGGCUGUUGAGGGUUUUAAAGCGUCCGUGGAACAUCAGUUGCGUGAACUUGCUGUGGGCGAGACGCUCGAAAAUGAUGUAUACGAAACAGUCAAAGAAGCCGCCAACUUCCUCUACCAGCAAUACUUAUCACAAGAAGCAAUAACUCGUGUUUCAUUGGAUGAUGUAACAGUGAAGAGGUUUUUAACACACAUUCGCAACGAUGAUCCUCCCGAUAUGUGGUUUGAACAAAUACAGUCGAAAAUUGUUGAUAUACUACGAACGGAUGAGCGAUUCUAUGAAGCUUUCAAGAAAGAUUUACUGUAUGCGAAAAUGCUCGCAGAACUUGAAGUGGGCGAAGAAAGCGAUCGUGAAAAAUCACAGAAUUCGAAUUCAAGUGAUGAAAGCAAUAAUCAGAGGGUCACUUCUCUGUCAACAUCCUCGGAAAUUAAGAAUCAGGAUGGCCGAAUAAUGGAACAGCCACAUGUAGGGAUGCAUGUUGUUGUUGAAACUCUUGGCAUUGGGCAACAGGGAAAGCAGACCUUUGCUCUCUACAAUGUACGAGUUUCACGAAUUGAUGCUACCGGAAAGCAGUGCAGCAGCUGGAAUGUCCUCCGUCGUUAUUCGGAUUUUCAUGCACUUCACUCGCUUAUCCAGUCUCGAGUAAAUUUUCAUGUUUUUAAUACCUUUUUCCAGCUGAGUUCAUUACUUCGAACAGAGAAACUGCCCGUCAUCCGAUUCUCUGAUUUUGGUAUAACAAAACAGAGGACAGACGGGCGAUAUCGGAACUUGAAAAUUGUGUAG